AUGGACGUGGACUUGAAAGAUGAGGAAAGCUUUCUCGACCGCCGAGCCGUAGGCCUAAGGGAUACACCGAUUUCCUCAGUGGCGGAAUUCCACACACCAAAUGACGUUACUUUUGACUAUGAUCUGCUCGAGGACCUUCGCCAGCAAGGAAUUGAUUGGAUCUCCUGGGUACCCGUUGAGAAAAUAUACCAGAACCUCACCCAAUAUGGUCGCCCAAGUGCGGUGUAUCCAGCAUAUUCUUACCUCGCCGUUGGUACAAGCAAAGGGGUAGUCACUAUCUUCAACCACAAGCAGUUUUUGCAAAUGGCGCUACUACUGGACGACGAUUUCGCGGGUUCCAAGGUGACAAUGAUAAGGUCUUCUGUUGAUGGUACUCAUAUUGCGGCUAGCUUGGAAUCUGGAGACAUCUUUAUAUGGAACCUUAACCAAAAAACACGCGAAUCAAGUAAUCGGGUAGGACCUCGUGAGAUCGCCCCAAUUUUGCAUAUCACUGAGCAUAAAUAUAAACACAUAACUGGAUUGGGCUUCCUGGCAGAACGUCAUACUGCCGUUGUGGUCAGUGAUGAUUCUGGGGUUCUUUCAUGUCACAACGGAUUUCGAAAGGGCAUAUGGCAUCUCUCAUAUUCAACAAUCGAUCUAAACAAUCGAUCGCCCAACCAGCACAGUGUUGUGGCGACGGCAUCAUAUCCAGGGUUUUCCAAUGCACCUUUUUCUGAUUUGCAACCGGUGGCAGUCUUGUCUGAAAGGUCUCUUGAUCUGGUGUCAGCGAACAGCUUUGAGCUGUGCUAUCAUACAAAAGUCGAAGAAAAUAUCAGCACGAACUCAUCGGUCGUCUGGAGCGCUUGCGGACUCAAAUUAUGCUACUUCGGAUCACACCAUUUAGAGGUAAUAUGUUUUUUACUCCUCAAGUCCACACAGAAGCUUGUAAACAGUUCAAAAGUUAGCUGGAGCUGUGAAGAAAUUAUCAAGUGUGUGGAAUGGCUCUCAUCUUCCUAUUUGGGCAUUCUCACGCAAUCAAACAAAUACAUUUUCAUCAGUGCUAGUAAUGGUACACAGCAGUUUGAGACGAUUGAUAUGCUGCCCAUUGCACUUUUAAGCCCUGUCGCAUGCCCAGUCGUUUAUUUCAAUCGACAAAUCUACGCGUUGACGAAUUAUAAUUUACAAACCGGCUACAUUUUAUCAUGGUCAGAUAUCAUCCUCAAAUUUGUUCAAAGCGGAGCAUAUAUUAGUGCACUCAGAAGCAUAAGAUAUUUUGUUGCCGAAGAAGGCUUGCCAUUUAAUCUUCUUAGGCUAGAGGAUGACGUCACGGCACGGAAAAAACAGCUCGAGCAGCCUUUAAAGAACGUAUCGAUAGCGAGCGUACGACACAUCGUGCGAGCACAAGGCACUAUUUGCGAUGAAUCUGUCUUGUAUCAAGUUAUUGAAGAAUCUCUUUACACUUACUACUUGGUCUUUCGCGAUCAGACAAUUGCUCUUGAUUUUGUCGAGCUCGCGCUGGAACAAAUUCCAGAUGAGUGCACAGAUGCCUUUUUCUCAUGCUUGAUCUCUCUAAUACAAAAAAAUACCAUUAGGAGCCUGUCACCGGUCGUCUUUAGCCAAUUGCUGAGAUCCAACUAUAUUGGCAAAAACCCAGUCUUGAUGAAACACCUGCUGUUUAAUUUGGACAUUUCUUCUAUGGAUGUGGAUAACGCGGUGGACCUUUGCAAAAAGCUUAAAUUCGGAAGGGAGCUCAUAUACCUAUGGACUGUAGCAUCCUCUGACUACCUGACACCUUUUGUCGAAAUGCUUUCAAUCAUAGCGAGCUGUGGGCACCGAACUUACCUACUUACGGAGGAACUUUGCCGUGAUAAGCUUUUGAUAUACGACUACUUGGCAUUUGUUAUGACCGGCAGGCAGUUUCCUUUGCAAUGUCCGAUCCAGCCCCCAUCCUUGAGAUUUAAGGUUAAAGUUGAACUAUGCCACAUUCUUUUCAAUGGCACGUUGAUUGACUGGCCGCCCGAGUCCAAUCAUAAGCUCUACACCUGUGCUGAUCAAAAGGAUGAGCCGGCCUUCCCGUACUUAGAAUUGCUCCUUAACUUCGACCUGAAGACGUGUUUGGGGAUGCUGAAUGAAAUUCUCGAGGAUUCCAUUUUUGAUAUUGGAUUUAACGAGGUUCAAAGCUGGGGAGAUGACACAGCCUCGAGAUCAAGUGUCAGCAGACAAUUUGUCAUGGACUUUAUGAUAGACAAGUUGAAACUGCUACUACCUUUACAUGAGAAGGUCCUCACUGCAAUUUUCAUUGUGCGAAAUCUCUCGAAGUAUCCACAGUUCAUUAGACUUUCCACCUCAGUAAUCGACGAUUUGGCAACACUCCUUUGCACUGGCCAUACACAGCAAGUGUGGAGUGAAAGUGAGAAAGCGUUAGAGGCUCUUAUUACUGGCGGCUAUGUCUCAGAUCCUAAAAAUUUAAUUCCUCACCUGAAGUCCGGCAAGUUUGAACGCGUACUGUUGCUUGUCUACAAGCAUAUUGGGGCCUUCUCUCAGUUUUUAGCCCUUCGCCUUGUGUCUCAAGCGGUGAAUAGUGCUCACAAUUCUGUUUUGGAUGCAAUCCGUUUUUGCCUUGAAAGUACUCGAAAUAGGCCAACAGAACGAAGCGCUGUCUUGGAAGUCAUUGCAAAUAAAAUAGAUGCUGUCCUUUCAGUGGAUGUCGCUGCAUUCAUUGCUUGUUUGGACAAGUAUGACGCGACCUUUCACUUCACAGUAUUUAAACGUGCUUCCUACUCCUCGAGAUGUUUGUUCCUGCACCAAUACUUUCUUUUCCAUAAUCCCACAAGUUCUUGGGAAUUUGAAAUGAUGAGCCAGUACGUAUUGGACCUGGAGGGUUCGCAAAAUGAAAGCGGGUUAAGGGAGCUAUUUGAGCGGACACAUCUUCCAAUGAAGGAAUAUGAACGACUACUGAAAAAGCUUAGAGACAGCAAUUCCAUGUACGGUGCGCUUCUAGUGGAACGUCAAAUGAGGAAUUUAGAAGGCGUUGUGGAAGAUUUCAUCAAACUCUCAGAAAGUUGCCAAAACGACUUGCGAUGCAAUGAGCUUCUUGACUACGCGUUCGAAGCAUGUAAAGCCGCCGAAGGCGAACAAGCUCGAAAUUGCUGGACGCGCCUUCUAACCUAUUUAUUGCGUGAACGAAGUGAUCAAUACCAAGUUGCUAUAAAACAGCUUUUUAACGAGCUGACAAAAGCGACUGAUGAAAACUUUGGCAAUGCCCCAGCAUUUUCCGUGAAAGAGGUAGUGACAGGAGCACUUGAAAACCCAGAUUUGAUUCUCACAAAAAUGAAAGACUUGGCUCCCACAUUUUGUGAAAUAAUGAAUUCAGCGGAUAUCAACGGAAGUCUUCUGUCGGCUAUAAGCAGCAUCAUAUACCACUCAUCUGCAGACGAACUGUCAUACUAUGAGAAACUUCUGCAAAGCGGAUGGUCUAUUGGAACUAGUGACUGCGACAUUUGUGGAGAGAAGUUAUGGGGUUUAAACGUCUCCAGCGAUGCGUUUCUCGCUUGGAAACAAAAGAGCCUAUCGAAAAAAUCGGCAGUAUCUGUGCAUCGGCAAACACCAAAGCUGUGCAUAGUUUUAUUUGACUGUAACCAUGGCUUCCACGAGGACUGCCUGAAUAAUUUGGGACAGGAUUCUCAAACUUUUAGGUGUUUUUUCUGUGAAAACUGA